AUGACCGGCAAGCCAAGCGCGACAGUCACCUCCCCCAAGGACGGCAAAGACAAGAGCGAUGGCGAAAUCAAGAACUCGCAGCUCAUGUUCGACAGUGUCUGGAACAAGCUCAAGGCCAAGUACACUGAGGAGCGCAUGCGGGCCAGCUCGCUCACCUACGCUUGUGUCGGUGGCGGGAUCAUGACAGAGAUUAUCUGGCUCAUGGGCGCGCCGGGCAGCGGCAAGGGCACCAACACUCCCUUCAUCCUUGAGGCGAGGGGUAUCACUGCAUCGCCCGUAGUUCUCUCCGAUUUGCUCGACUCGCCUGAGUUUCGCGUUAUCAAGGCCGAAGGCGGAAUGAUCAGCGAUGCCCAGGUGACGGAGACGUUGCUGGAAACGUUGCUGCAGGAUCAGUACCGAGUGGGCGCGCUCGUUGACGGCUUCCCGCGCACAGAGAUCCAAGUGGAUCACGUCUCUCUCCUCUACGACCGCAUGCUCACACUCAAGCGACAGAAUCCACAGCUCUACCCGCGCCCCGUGUUCAGGUCCAACCCACCCCAACCGCCGACCGUCGCGACCCUGCCCCCCUCCCCCGAAUCCCGCGGAGCUUGA